GUGCUCUAAUCUCCCAUCAUCUCUUCACUGGACAAAACCCCAAUCUGCCAUGUUCGUCUCCAUUAUCCAACUCUAUGAGCUUCUUGACAGCCGGCGUCCGACUCGGUGAAGAACCAUAUCAAUGCAUGGCUAUCUAUUUCUUUUAAUUCAUUUAACUUCUACAGCGCGGCAACCGCAAUUUGAAUUUGGUUUGAUUUGUCUUAUGGGCGGGAAUUUGAAUUUGGUUUAAGUGUGUGAUGUUUAAGCCGUGCCGUAGAAACCAAGGUGAUGGCACCGCUGGAGGUUGUGUGGAAGAUAGUGAGUGACUUUUACGAGUCAUAUAAGUGGUUUCCUGGCAUGAAAUCGUGUGAAAGAGUGGAGGGAGCGCCUGAAAAGGGCGUGGGCUCUGUGCGUCGCUGUGUAACAUCCGUACAGGAGGGCAAUGACUCUUUUGGCGUAGAGAAGCUCAUCGCUGUGGACGAUACUAACCAUUCAUAUAGUUAUCGUUUGACAGACACCAACAUGCAGGGCUUUGAUGGCUACCAGGCUACCAUUAAAGUCUGUGAAGCAAAGGAAGAGGGCAACUGUUUGCUGAAAUGGUCUUUCGAGUUGAACCCUGCCGCUGGACAUUCCAAAGAGGAUACUGAGGGCUUUUUAAGCUCUGCUGUCACUGCCAUGACCAAGAAUCUCGAACAGCUCGCUUCUUCACAGUAACGCCUCUAGUUUUUAUUUAUUAGGUUGAUUUCAUAUAUGUGGGGUGUUUUUGCUAGCCUGCUUGUGUUAAGUGAUGUCUGUUCUUAUAGACUUUGGUGUGUUUUUCUUAGGGUUUGAGUAAUAACUGGUCAUGCCUGUGUUUAAGUGAUAGA